AUUUUCCCAGCUGUUUUUUUGUCGACUUCAUGAUGUCGUGUAUGGCAACUUCCGAACAACUACCAAAUUAGACCCUCAGAAAAACAACUCCAUUUCCCAUGGUAUUUUCAAAGCAUCCCUUUAGACAAACACAAAACUUUCGAAAUGUUUUCUUGACCUAUGGCACCGGUUUCUUUGAGAAUAAAAAGAUGCUCAUCUUCUGUCUCCCCCUUGCCCAUUGCUAAGUCAAAUUAAAAAAAAAAAAAAAACCUUCUACCUCUUAUCUCUCUAGUCUUUGGUCCUAUUUACAUGGAAUGACACAAUGGAAUAUACAUGAUUUAUUCCAAUGUCCCAUUUCUUCGAUAAAAACUCAGCUGUGAUCAUCUUCUCUUUCCUGACCUAAAAUUUUGUACUUCUUGCAAUAUUUCUCUCCUUCAUUUCUCUCUUGCAUUGAUGGAAGACAAGGAAGAGGAGGAACUUUUGAAUCUUAGCCUAGCAAUUGUUACAGACUCCAGUGGUGGUGACAUGAGAAGGAAGAGAAAGAGAUCAAGGGCAGAUCACGUUUUCAAUCCUUUGAUGAAUGGUUACGAGGGUUGUAGUGAAGCGAAGAUAUAUCGGCUACUCCAAAUGAGGGAACAGAUGAUAAAACUAGACCAUAAGAAGAAAGCAGCUGUUGAAGAAACUGGCAAAGGGCUUCAUUUGAUUCACUUGCUUCUCAUAACUGCCACAGCAGCUGAUGAGAACAAUGUAGGCUCAGCGUUGGAGAAUCUGACAGAAUUAUAUCAAAGUGUCUCCUUCACCGGUGACUCGGUGCAAAGGGUUGUUGCUUAUUUUGCUGAUGGAUUGGCCGCAAGGCUCCUCACCAAGAAAUCUCCCUUCUACGACAUGAUCAUGAAGGAACCAACAAGUGAAGAAGAGUUCUUGGCAUUCACAGAUCUCUACAGGGUGUCUCCUUAUUACCAGCUCGCUCAUUUCACUGCAAACCAGGCUAUCCUUGAGGCCUAUGAGAAGGAAGAAGAUAAUAACAACCGUGCAUUGCACGUUAUUGAUUUUGACGUCUCAUAUGGCUUUCAAUGGCCUUCUCUGAUACAAUCUCUCUCCGAAAAGGCCAGCAGUGGCAACCGAAUUUCACUGCGAGUAACUGGAUUCGGAAAAAGUGUGGAAGAGUUGCAAGAAACUGAGAGUAGAUUAGUCAGCUUUGCGAAAGGGUUUCGCAAUCUUGUCUUUGAGUUUCAAGGGUUGUUAAGGGGGUCUAAGCUCAUCAACCUAAGGAAAAAGAAAAAUGAAACAGUUGCUGUGAAUUUAGUAUUUCAUUUGAAUACUUUGAAUGAUUCUUUGAAGAUAUCUGACACAUUAAAAUCAAUACGGUCACUUAACCCCUCCAUUGUUGUCUUGGCGGAGCAAGAAGGUAGCAGAAGCCCAAGAAGCUUUCUAUCAAGAUUCAUGGAGUCCUUACACUAUUUUGCAGCCAUGUUUGAUUCUUUAGAUGAUUUUCUUCCUCUAGAAAGCUCAGAGAGAUUAAGCAUCGAAAAGAAUCAUCUUGGUAAAGAGAUCAAAAGCAUGCUCAACUAUGACAAAGAUGAAGCAAACUGUCCAAGAUAUGACAAGAUGGAAAAAUGGAAAGGAAGGAUGGAGGGUCAUGGAUUUGCAGGCAUGAAACUUAGCUCCAAGUCCUUGAUACAAGCCAAGCUUCUUUUGAAAAUUAGAACCCAUUAUUGUCCUCUUCAAUUUGAUGGAGAGAGUGGUGGAGGGUUCAAGGUUUUUGAAAGAGAUGAUGGGAAAGCUAUUUCUCUAGUAUGGCAAGAUAGGUGUUUAAUCACUGCCUCUGCAUGGCAUUGUGUUUGAUAGUUGCUAUAUUAUUGCAAUUUUCAGCUAACACAUUCAUGAUUUUUGUAAGUUCAAUCAAAUAAUAGAGCAUUUACCAUGAUCAUGCAUGUUUUUUUGUGCUUAUUACAUCAAAAUUAAUCUUCAUCCUGCU